AUGGACCCGGCAGAGGGCAUCACGUACAAAUUGGCCCUGAUAGAGAAGGUGGAAGCUGACCCUUUCGUCGCCAGUUACCAGUUCAACACCUCGGUCGCGCAACACUGGUACCCUCUCUCAUGUCCGGGUCCCGCAUGGGUAGGUCUCCUUGCAAGGUGGAGGCGGGCUUCGCCAACUGUGGUUGUGGAUGUCGAGUCCCACAGCCCGCUUGACGCGCCCGCCAUGCGCGCAAACAGCUCCCUGUUGGAGGGCGCAGACGAGCUGGGACGAGGCAAGCGUUGCUGA